AUGGCAAGCAAAGGCGCUUCAGCCGUGUUGGACCCCGUCAGCAGUCGGAGGCCAAAGCAGCCUUUCCUUGGUCGCCCCCGAUCCGAGACAUCCGCCAUUUCGUUGGUCGGAUUCCACCCUGCAUCCCUCGUCCCGUCGUCCAUCUCAUCCUAUCCUAUACCCACCCUCGACAUCGCUUUCCGAAUCGACCGCAUUGGAUCCCACCAUACGCAACUCUUCGUCAUCGCCAUUCGUCUCGCCACGGGAUCAUGCCGCUCUACAGGCGCUCAUCCGCAUCCCCCACCUCCAUGCCAACCGUCACCACUUCCUGAUCCAUCACCAAUGAGCCACUUUGCCAGCCAGAGGGGCUAUCCCUAUGGAGGCCACCACGGCGCCGCCGCCUCCACCAGCAGCGCCGCUGGCGCUUCCACCAUCAACCAGAAGGCGGCGCUUGCUUCCGCCUACCAAGAACUCGGCAAGGAGCUCUCCUCCUCCAAACUAAAGAUCGUCGGCAACUAUACCCUCCAGCGUCCCAUCGGCGAAGGCACCUUUGGCAAGGUGCGCCUCGCACACCACCGCCUCACCAAUACCCGCGUCGCCAUCAAGCAGAUCCCCAAGGCCCACUCCGCCAGCCUCACCCGCGAGAUCCAUCACCAUCGCCGUCUCCACCAUCCCAACGUCAUGCAGCUGUACGAGGUCAUCGCAACAGAACAGUACAUAUGGAUGGUCAGCGAACUAUGCGCAGGCGGCGAGCUCUACGACUACCUCGUAGAGAACGAGUCCCUCCCAGAACCAGAGGCUCGCAGGAUCUUCGGACAGCUCUGCCUCGCCGUAGCCUACGUACACUCCAAGGGCAUCGUCCAUCGCGAUCUCAAGCUUGAAAACAUCCUGCUCGACGAGCGAUGCAACGUCAAACUCGGCGACUUUGGCUUCACCCGCGAAUUCGAACGCAAUCGCCUCAUGCACACCUUUUGCGGCACCACCGGUUACGCAUCGCCCGAAAUGCUCGCCGGCAAAAAGUAUACGGGCGAACAGGUCGACAUUUGGUCCCUCGGCGUCAUCCUCUACGCCCUCCUAUGCGGCGCCUUGCCCUUUGACGAUGACGACGAAUCCGUCAUGAAGCAAAAGAUCCUCCAAGGCGACCUCGAGAUCCCAGACUGCCUCUCCGAAGAGGCUCGCAGCCUCAUCACCAGCAUCCUCCAGCAGGAUCCCGCCCAGCGGCCAAGCAUACACCAGAUCCUCCAACAUCCUUGGUUCACAAAGAUCAUGGCACAGUCUCCCAUGUCCACCGUCGAGGAGGAUGACAGUGCUGCAGACUACUUCACCAGCCGCGCUUCCGAUUUCGUCUCGGCUUCCAACAACCCUCCCGCCGCAGCACCAGCGAUAUCAGUACUGGAGGCAGCAGCCAUACCCGCACCACUCUCGUCUCCCAUCCCUCCCAGCUCACACGAUUCGCUGCCCCUGCAUCAGCAUCACCCAUCCGCAUCCGGCACUUCGGACCUCAGCUAUCAUUCCGCACGCAGCGACAGCGAGUCCAGCGGCAGACGCUCCUCCAACACCGAUCUCACCGAUCCCACCACCGCAGACAGCCUCAGCCGCACCGACGACGCUUUGGACCCCAUCGACAUUGCAUCCGCGUCUCGCCUCACUGCUGCUCCCGCCGCUGCUCCUGCCGUGCCAUCGUCACAUCCAGACAAGCAGGCCAUCAGCAUCCACCGCAAUGAGUCCCAAACAACCAUCCGUCGCUUGGGCUCCAACGGCAGCGACGCCUCCCUCAGCACCGUCGCAAGACCCGCCGCCAUUCGCUCCACCACCUCACCCGCCGCCAUUCGCUCCACCACCUCGUCUCUCCCAACCCAUCACGAGCUGCCCUCCACCUCGCCGGCAGAGCUCGACGCCGACACGGGCGACGCAUACGUGCCCCUGUAUCAGUCGGUCCCUCUUGCCAAGAGGGGCUCCCAAAGCUCGUCACGCGGCCAUCAUCGGACUCCAUCAAGGACCAAACGCCGCUCGCUCUCGUCAGGCGGCCUCUCCGACCAUCAUCCACCUUUGCUCGGCCGCAAACCCGUCGACUAUGUCUCGCAGCUCUCCAACCUGCAGCCAGCCACCUUCUCGUCCGCAGUAGAGCAGAACCUCCUCCAUCAGCUCAGCUCGCUCGGCAUGGAUGUGGGUCAGAUGGUUCACAGCGUCGUCAACGACGCCUGCGAUGCCAGCGGCGCCAUGUGGUGGAUGCUUCUCCGCAAGGCAAAGGACCGCACAAUCGACAUGCUCCCCUCCAGCCCCUCGGUCUCCAACCACGCUUAUACCCCGGUCGAACAGCCACUUUCUUCCCCUGCUGCCGAUACUUCGAAUGCAAAGGGUCUCGGUCUGGAGCCUAUCGCCGUUGACAUGCACCGCCCACCCGUGCCAGUCAAGGACCCGGCUCGAAGCUCCGAAGAUCGGUCUCGCGCCAUGGACAAGGGCCGAGCAUCUUUGACCGCGUCGAGAUCGGAGAACUCGGGCCUUGCCGAACCCAGCAAUCGGCGCCUCCAGACUGUGGUCUCGCAUGAGGAGCUCGAUUGUGCUGCUGCACCGCCUCUGCAGUCUUCCGCCUCCGAGGCCUUGAUAGGCGCGGCGUCUCUCUCGAUGCAUCCUUCGCCUUCGGAUGUACUGCGAUCGUUGCCCACUUCGCCGGCUGUCAAUACGCUUCAGGAUCGCAGCUUGGCGAGCACUCCAGAGUCAAGCUCCUCCUCUCGCCCAAAGUCGCAGCAUCGCCACACCACCGCCACUACAAGUCCCUCGAAGCUGCAACAGGUUACCACCAGCCUCGUCGGCGCCGGGAGCCCAUCUUCCGAGGGCACAAAAGCGCGGCGCAGCGGACAGACCGACCGCCCUCGCAGCAACUCCCUUUCGGUCAAGCAGUUUGCACAGAGUGUCUUGGGCACCAAGGACAAGGGAUCCGCCACCCCGCCGCCACCCACGCCCGACCAGGUCAUCGUGGCCGGCGAAGCGCUGCCCAUGGAGCGCGCAAAGAGCCCCACGCUGUUUGGCCGUCGCAACACCGUGUCCAACGUCAAGGAUUCCAUGGUCGGCAGACUCUCCAAUCCAUCGACGCCCAAAAAGGCGCAUGCAGAGACGCCCGACAAGCCGCGCAGAAGCUCAGGCAAGAGGAGCAUCGAGACCGACCUCGAGCGUGUCAAGGCGCUCGACCGCAGCGAAGACUCGGCAUCCGGCUCGCCAUCGUCGCGCUCGCUCUCGACGGCACACCCAGCCACAGCGCCGAGUUCUGACAAGAAGGGCGGCGCGGUGCCCUCGGCGUCUCAGGACUCGUUCAGCACCAUGUCGGCCACACCGCAGGGCAGCGAGAAGAGCGGCACGCGCGGAAAGCCGGGUUCGUCGUUCAUGGCAACCGUGCGAACUUGGCUUGGAGGCGCCAACGAGAAACCCGUGAGGAAGGGCAAACAGGGCAAGAAGGCGGCUGCGUAUCGCGGACUUGGCAUCGACGAUGGCGUGGGUGCGGCGAGGUCGCCGACGGGAACCAUGACCACGUCGGGGAGCACAUCGACGUUUGGAGGAGGAGGCACGCCCAGCAGGACGCCGAGUAUGCGGCGCCGAUCCGCGCACUAUGCUCAAGCUUCGGCGUCGCGGCGUGGCGGGCCGAGAAGCCCGCACUUGGGCUCGAUGAGCCGCCGAUCGUCCACCGGAAGCUCUGUCCACGGGCACCUCGAACUUCCGCCCAACAGCUUUGCCACCAGCAUGAACCGGCCAGGCAACAUGCGUCGGCUGAGCGCGGGCAGCAUCACGCCCACGGGGACGCUGUAUGGCGAUUACAUGAACGAGGCAGGUGUGCCAACGUCUUCGCGCCACAGCCGGCCGUCGAGCUCGCACUCGCUCGCGCACUCGAGUGCCGCGCCGCGCUCGGGGCUGCAUGGCAAGGCCGGCUCCACGGGCAGCACCAGCUCGGCGUACCGAAGCGGCCAGGCGGGCAGCGGCUUUUCAGCGGGGAGCGGUAGGCGGCACGCGCGACCCGCACACGAUGGCGGCACGACGGUGCGGCGCCACCGCACGUACGCGUCGUCGACGGGCAGUCCGAGUCGGCGCAACUCGUUCCGGCACGACUCGAGGCCGUCGUCGAUCAAGUCGCGUGCUUCGUCGCCCGGGCGCGCCAUGGGGCUGAGCGAGUUUAGCGUCGAGGAUGCGGAUGGCGACGCGGGCGCAGCGGGCGCGAGGAGGUCGACGCGCAGCACGCCCCGACACUCGCUCGACCAGCGCAGUGUGUCGGACGUCCCCGGCCAUGCGCAGCAUCACCAGGUGGUGGCGCAGAGCAUCUUUGUGGCGCACAAGUCCAGGUCGCCCUACCGCCCGCCGUCGGCGACGGCGAGUCUGAGCGCGAGUCUGGCUCGUGCUGGACCUGGCGCGCAGGGAACGAGCAAGCUCGCGGGUUCUGGCGCGUCGGACGGGGCUGCGGCGGCGUCGAGCAGCUCGGCGCGUUUGCCGGCGACGGGGACGGGCACGUGGCGCCAUUCGUGGGGACGUCCGCCUCCGUGCUGGGCUGGACCUGUGGAUCCACCGCCCGCCGAGGGCGCAAGUGGCACUAAAGGCCGACGCGAAGAAGGGGCGCCCAAGCUGCGCGACGUGUUUGCGCACCGCGACGACGACGACUGGACGGACGAGGACGAGGAGCCGUCGUACUCUGGCGGGCUGGGUCAGAUGGGAUCCACCACCUCCAUGGCGGCCAAUCGCACGGCGAGUGCGGCGUCGAGUUCGCCGUACGCUACGCGGAAUAUGGCUGCGCUUGGCAGUGGCGGCGUGUAUCCCUCGCAAGGGACUGCGGCGGGCAUGGCGCCGUUCGGAUCGCGCUAUGCGGGCAUUCGCAACAUGUUCCAACCACCCACGGCGACGGGGUCGGGAUUCCGCAGCAAUCACCCCGUGUCGCUGAGCUUAGGCAACGAGUUUGCACCGAAACUGCUGUCGGCUACGAUUCACGAGUCGAAGCCUGCGGCAGGGGGAGGAGCGGAUGAUGGCAACGACGCGGCCAAGGGGAAGGAAUCGCCUCCAGCAGGGCUGCCAGCAGGGCCUCCAGCAACGGGUGCAGGCGGCACAAGCAGGAUCAAUGCCUUCCACAAGCCUGUACAGAUCAUCGAGGAGGAGGAGGAAGAUGAGUGA